GUCUCUUUCUCUUUCUGGCAAGUGUCUUUAUGGUGGCCAAGGUUCAAGGUUCAAACCUAGUUGAUUGUCAAAUGUUUGGCUUUGGGGGAGCUAGAGUAUUGAAAUUAAACAUUUGUAUUCUUUUGUUCUGUUAUUGUAAGUCCUACAUGGAAAAGUCUUAUUUGAGUGGGUUUGGUCUUGAAAUGGUUGAGGGUCUUUUGGAUGAAGUCUUGUUUCUGUGAAGGCGUUGGUCUCACCUGGGCAUGGUUACAAGUUCGUUUUGGUCCCAACAGGGACAGGCUGGGAGUGGGUAAACCAGGCUUGAUUUGAAGAAAAGUGUAAAAAAAAAAUGUUAAACACAAUACAUUUCCUUUUCUUUCCUUCCAUCAUCUAUAACUCCUCCUCUCCUCCAUACCUUUCAUGCAUCCUCUGUCCACUCAACCACCCCCCCCCCCCUCCCCCCUCUCUCUUUGAUGAUGGGGUGAAUUCUAUUCUUUGGCUACUGUGAGCUCAGCGGGUUUGUUUCUCUCCCCCUAAUCCCUCCGUGCAGAGCGCCAGCGUAUAAAAGCAUGGCGGCCCCCGAACCUUCACUCACACACAGUCACAGAGCGAUUGAGCACCUACUCCCCUUCACACAGAGAGUCACCAUGUCUUCCAGCGGAGAAAAGUCCAAGGCUGCUUCCCAGACUGAUGGGAAGGCCGCCCAGGGCAGGGGUCAGAGGUCAGAGACAGGAAGUUCCUACAAGAUGUGUGUGUUUGACCAGGAAAACUUCCAGGGCCGCUGUAUCGAGAUCACUAAUGAGUGUAUGAAUGUGUGUGACAUGGGCAUGGAUAGAGUGCGCUCCCUGCGUGUGGACUGUGGCCCUUUUGUGGGCUUCGAGCAGAUGAACUUCUGUGGUGAGAUGUACAUCCUUGAGAAGGGAGAGUACCCCCGUUGGGACGCCUGGAGCAACUGCCAGAAGAACGACUACCUGCUCUCCUUCAGGCCCGUCAAGAUGGACCCUGAGAAGCACAAGAUCUGUCUGUACGAGGUUGGAGAGUUCAAGGGUCGUAAGAUGGAGAUCAUUGAUGAUGACGUGCCCAGCCUGUUUGCUUAUGGUUUUACUGACAGAGUCGGCAGCAUCAUGGUCAGCUGUGGAACCUUUGUGGGCUACCAGUUCCCUGGUUACCGUGGUAGCCAGUACCUGCUGGAGAAGGGUGAAUUCAGGCACUUCAACGAGUACGGCGCCCGCUGUCCCCAGUUCCAGUCCGUGCGCCGCAUCCGUGACAUGCAGUGGCACCAGGAGGGCUGCUACACCAUGACCAGCAACGUUAAAAAGUGAAGCAACCGAUAUGAAGAGGCCAUCGGCUGUGAGAUUGGUCAGAGGUGAUGAUUGGCAGGCAAGGGACACUUUUGGGGAGGGGGGUGGGGCAGGGUUUUCUGCACCGCCUGUAAACAAAACCCACUCCCUUUUCAAUCAGUAAUAAAAAUCAACACCAAUGA